AUGUUUCCGAUACUGUAUAUUUUGUACUUUCCAUCUUUGAUUCCUCUGCGCAUGGCCACAAGUCAGCAGUGUGAACCCUCUCAACAGUCAGAGAGUGGAAAAGCUCUCAAAGGUCACAUCUUUAAAUCGAAAAAGGUACAAGAUCCGUACCAGUGUCUGAUAUUCUGCUACAGCGAAUUCACAUGUCAGAGCUACAAUUACGUCAUAACUGGUAAACUUUGCGAGCUGAAUAACAGAACCAAAGAAGCAAGACCUGGAGAUUUUGUCCGAGAUGAAACUAGAUUCUACAUGCGGCGAUGGAAGAACAGAGGUUCGGAAGCAAAAAAUUAAAAUAGUCUUUAACUUUUCAUUGUAUAAAAGAUAAGUAAAAAUGAAUACUUGUCACUGCUAUAAACAUCAAGUUUGUUUCAGUUCCUGGACAAUCACAACUAAUAGGUAUCGUUAAGUCAAAAUUUUCAUCAAUUUAAGAAAUUUUUAAACCUUCCAUAUGACGGCAACACAGCUACUUUUGAGGAGGAGAGAUUGUGUUAGAGAGGUGCGAGAUACACAGACAGACAGACAAAGAGAAAAAAAGUGCUUGUUUGAAAGCUCGUUCAAAGAUGCCAAGGGUUUAGUAUACUAUUAAAAUUUCACUAUAUUGAAAUGUGACUGAUUCCAUUAGCGUUCUCCUGGGAUCGGGUUGAAACCCCCAUACAAUCCACACAUCGCAUAUGUAGUUCAUCAAAUUAAAUCAGAACCUCGCAUAAAUUGAUGUGGGAAGAGGGUGGGGGCUUGGGGAGAAAGAGUCUCCUCUGUUCAACAGGGGAGUCGAAGCCUAAUAGGGAUAAGAAAUUAAUGCGGUUGGCUCACGGCAUUUCCCAGGAUGUUCCCUUCAAAGCAUGCGUGUCUUAAACACCCAAUGAAUCAAUGAAACUUAGCAUAUAAGACGUAACCUCUUAGCCUUCGAGGAAUUGUUUAAUAUGGCCACAUUGAAGUAUUCCUCGUUGAAAUUAUGCUCGGUUGGUUCAUUGAACAGUACAAUACGAUCAAGAAAGUAAUUGUCGUCGAACGAGAAGCAUUUUACUGUUUCUUUGCCAAAGUCUCAUUAGGCUCCGUUCCCGAGAUGCCUGCCGAGUCUUGUAGAGAGAUCAAAGCCAGCGAACAAGGGAUGGCGGUUAGCGGUAGAUAUUGGCUGGAGCCCCGGGAGACAAAAAUGAAAUCUAAGAACUUUCUGGUAAUUAACUAAAUUAUUAUUCUUCACUUUGGACAAUUCAAGAAAAAAUAGAUUUGUAUCGUAAUAGUAAGAAUUUCUUUCUUGCAGACAAUUCACAAAAAAAUAAAUUAGCUCUAUAAAUGAAAGUUUGCAUGGAAUUCUUUAUUUCUUUGCAGGUUUAUUGUGACAUGGUAUCAGUGGAUCAGGUCUGGACUCUCCUCGCUCGGUUUUCAAACAGUGACACUAAAAACUGGAUGGAUGACUCAGGAGACUGGUGGUAUGACAGUACUCAAGCUGCAGGGGAAACCGCUGACCCGUCGUAUAACGCAGACAUGAUCUCGCCGGCGUUCUGGCUGAUCGGUGGCAGUGAGCUUAAGAUUACGCGCAAUGAUGACUCUGGACACACUCCUCUAUUGCAAACAAUAGGGAACUGUCUGAGUGGGAAGACAUUCCGCUCCAAAAUUACCAGCUAUGGUAACUUCAGAAACGGUUCAGUUUGGUCCAAUGGUAAGUGCCUGGGAAAAUGCAAAGUUCAAUAUGGCGGACAAUACCAAACCACUGAGGGCUUCGGACAGGCUUCAUGCAGUAGUGACCUGCAAGGUGCUGAUGAGGUCGGAUUCUGGUGUGUCAAGGGCUGGAGUGGUUCUGUGAUCAUGAUCGGAGGAGGCGGAGCUGAUUGUUCAGACGCCGAUCACGGAAUUGGGACAACGGUGGCGAAACUUACCUCUUUUAAAAUCAAGGAAAAUAACAGAAGAGAAUCUGACUUUAGUAACGACGCAUGGGGUUCGAUAACUAAAAGUUACUCAUUGAAUUUUUGGAUUCGUUGA